AUAGAAACAGAAGUAGGCUAUUCGGCCCAUCAAGUCUACUCUGCCAUUCAAUCGUGGCUGAUCUAUCUUUCCCUCUCAACCCCGUUGCCCUGCCUUCUCCCAACAACCCCUGUCACCCACAUUAAUCAAGAAUCUGUCAAUCUCCGCCUUAAAAUCCAUUGACGACCUCCACAGCCUUCCGUGUCAAUGAAUUCCACAGAUUCACCAUCCUCUGACUAAAGAAAUUCCUCCAUCUCCUUUCUAUAGGUAUGUCUUAUUAUCCUGAGGCUAGGCCUCUGAUCCUAGGCUCUCCCUCUAGUAGAAACAUCCUUUCCACAUCUGCUGUAUCCAGGCCUUUCACUAUUUGAUCGAUCAAGAUGGAUUUCAGCAAACUUCCCAAAAUCCAAGAUGCCGAACACGAGACAAUGGUUGGAUAUGUUUAUGGUGUCUCGGGGCCUGUUGUCACUGCCUCAGAUAUGGCUGGAGCAGCGAUGUACGAGCUGGUCCGUGUAGGUCACUCUGAGUUGGUUGGUGAGAUUAUUCGUUUGGAGGGAGAUAUGGCCACAAUCCAAGUUUAUGAAGAAACUUCUGGUGUAUCUGUCGGAGAUCCUGUGUUGCGAACAGGGAAACCCCUUUCUGUGGAACUGGGACCUGGCAUCAUGGGAGCCAUCUUUGAUGGAAUCCAGCGACCUCUAAAGGACAUCAAUGACCUAUCACAGAGUAUUUACAUCCCCCGUGGUGUCAACGUGAAUGCUCUGAGUAAAGACAUAAAGUGGGAAUUUACACCUUCCAAGAAUAUGCGGGUUGGUAGUCACAUCACUGGUGGAGACAUAUAUGGCAUUGUCUAUGAAAAUUCUCUUAUUAAGCACAAAAUCAUGCUUCCGCCAAAAAACAGAGGAACUGUGACAUAUGUUGCCCCAGCGGGAAACUAUGAUGUUUCUGAUGUAGUUCUGGAACUUGAAUUUGAAGGAAUUAAGGAUAAGUUUACUAUGGUUCAGGUCUGGCCUGUCCGUCAGGUGAGGCCAGUCACUGAGAAGCUUCCAGCAUGUCACCCUCUGCUAACAGGACAGCGAGUGCUGGACGCACUUUUCCCAUGUGUGCAAGGUGGAACAACAGCUAUUCCCGGUGCCUUUGGUUGUGGAAAAACUGUGAUUUCUCAGUCUCUAUCAAAGUACUCCAACAGUGAUGUUAUCAUCUACGUUGGAUGUGGGGAGCGUGGCAAUGAGAUGUCUGAAGUACUGAGAGAUUUCCCAGAGUUGACGAUGGAAGUUGAUGGAAAAAUAGAAAGCAUCAUGAAGCGAACAUCUUUGGUGGCUAAUACCUCCAACAUGCCUGUCGCUGCCAGGGAAGCUUCCAUCUAUACCGGCAUUACACUUUCUGAAUAUUUCCGGGACAUGGGUUACCACGUCAGCAUGAUGGCAGACUCCACCUCCCGAUGGGCUGAGGCCUUGCGAGAAAUCUCCGGACGGCUGGCAGAGAUGCCUGCUGACAGUGGUUAUCCUGCUUACCUGGGUGCCCGUUUAGCUUCAUUUUACGAGCGUGCAGGCCGAGUCAAGUGCCUGGGAAAUCCUGAGAGAGAGGGUAGUAUCAGCAUUGUCGGAGCUGUCUCACCCCCUGGUGGUGAUUUUUCAGAUCCUGUGACAUCAGCUACUCUUGGCAUUGUGCAGGUAUUUUGGGGCUUGGAUAAGAAGUUGGCACAGCGCAAACAUUUUCCUUCAGUCAAUUGGCUGAUUAGCUACAGCAAAUAUACCCGUGCACUGGAUGAGUACUAUGAAAAGCACUUUACGGAAUUUGUGCCAUUAAGGACCAAAGCUAAAGAGAUCCUGCAGGAAGAAGAGGACCUCGCAGAAAUUGUUCAGCUGGUCGGAAAAGCAUCUCUGGCAGAAACGGACAAAAUAACACUGGAGGUGGCAAAGUUGGUAAAGGAUGAUUUUUUGCAACAGAAUGGAUACACUUCUUAUGACCGCUUUUGUCCUUUCUAUAAAACUGUUGGUAUGCUGUCAAAUAUGAUUGGCUUCUAUGAUCUGGCUCGUCAUGCAGUGGAAUCGACUGCACAAAGUGAUAACAAGAUCACGUGGGCGAUUAUUCGUGAGCACAUGGGAGAGAUUCUCUACAGGCUGAGCUCCAUGAAAUUCAAGGACCCAGUGAAAGAUGGUGAGCAAAAAAUUAAGGCAGACUACAUACAACUUUACGAAGACAUGCAAACUGCAUUCCGUAGUCUAGAAGAUUAAAAUGGGUUGUCCCUGAAAAUACUUGAAACAAAACCUGUAUUUCCCAGUAUUUAUGUUUUUUUUUUGUUUAUGUUUUCCUGCAUUCCUUUUGUGUUCAUUUUGUUGUGUUGAAUGUCUGGUUAUUAAUUCACUGUUCGGACAGCCUUUGAUAGAUAUGGUUUAUUCUGAAUGUGUUUGUACAAGUGUGGGGUCUGCUUACCUGUCGUGAAAACAAGUAUCAGUAUUCUGUGUAUCUGCCAUAACUGGUGUUGUGUGCUUUUGAUUUUCUGUAAAUCACAAGUCAAGUUCAUUUUUAAACCACUGCAAAUGUGAUUUGUCCUCCAUCUUAUUUUUUAAGCCACUGGAUAUGUGAGCUAAGGUGUCCAUGUAGAUUAGGCGUUUAUAUAUAUUCUGAAUAGUUAUCUGCACUGUUGCAGUCAUAAAGCUUUAAGGUUACCUUGAAGUAUCUAUCAUUGGUUCAAAUCAAAACAUUCAGAAUUAGCUGUUUUGAAAUGAAGUACUUCAAGUUGUGAGCAAGGUUCUGUGUGACAUUUUGCCAGAAUUAAGCUUUGGGGAAGAGGAAAAUGAGUGAUAGCAAGCAGAUCUACCAGCUUCAUUCCCAGCAUCGAUCAUUUGGUGUUAAGGAGUCGCAUGAUAAAUUUAUUUUUUAGAUUUUUCAUUAUUCAGCAAAGGAACUAAUUUGGUUCUAUGCAAGUCUGUUGUAAACCCUAAAUGCAGAAGCAAAGAUAUCUUGUUUGCAAAUUAAGUAAAACACCUGUUGUUUUGGUCCCUGGUAGUGCAAGUUUUGCAUCCUUCUCUACCUUUGAUGCAACUUUAUGCAAAACACUGGGUUUAGCAUUUUGUCUUGGCUCUAGCUUGAUUUACAGUAUGUUAGGCUUCUAAAUCUAAUUCCAUGUGAAAUGUACACUUUUUUUUACAGUUAGCUCACUUGGAGGUUUUUCAAUAGGGAUGUGCCUGUAACCUUAUAAAGUAGUCAAUACAGCAGAUCAAGCUCUAGAGUUUUGAAAAAGUCAACAAAUUUGGAAUGGUCUUGUUUUCAUUAACUUGUGGUAGAUUCUAAGGCAAUUUAUUUGGCCAAGAAGGUUUUGGAAAGCCAUCUGUGAAGAACACCAAAUUGAGCUGUGGAAUUGGGGCAAUAAAUGUAUAAUUAAAUUUUCAACUCCCAAAUUUAUCUCUUUUGAAAAAUAGUCACAUAAUAGUCAGAGAUGUGAGCAUGAAACAGAAUUGAAGAAAAUUGUCAGUGUAAGUAGGGAUCUAAUGAAACCAGGGUGAGUCUAAAUUUUCAAAUCAGAAAGGAGAUUUUGGGGGAUUAUGGAAUAUGUUUUUCAUACAUGGCACAAUGUACCUGUUAAAAUAACCAGUUCACACUCUGUUAGUAUUGAUGUUUCUACAUGUUUUUGAUUAACUCCAUUUAAGUUUCAGUUGUUGACCAACAUCGGAAGCUUUCUCAGUGGCAUUUCCUAAGAGCAUGCCCUUUGCCUAGAUCUUAUUUUUUCCCCAAUGGACAACAUUUUCUAUUUGCACAAGUUAAAUUUGGUUCAUGAGUUGUGACUGACUGGUGUGUGACUUAAACACUAUACUUUAGGACAAGCUUCUUGGUUUCUAGUCUGUUGGUGUUGAUACAUGAUCUCUAGUUUUAGAAUAUUAUUUUGGAGAUAACCGAUACAAUGUCACAAAUGAUUGGAUCGCCUCAUUGCUUAUGUGUCUGGUGGAAGGAUCAGCUGUUAUCUAAAAUUUGGUUAAGCACUCAUUUCUGAUUGGUGAAAGGAACUUGCUGUGAGUGAUAGUAUGAGAUAUUUCUUAAUGUGAAGAUAUAGAGAGCAGAGGAUAGCAGAUGAAAGUCAGGAUAGAGCCUUACUCCUGGACAUGAGGGAAAAAACUGAGCAGAGUUUAAAGUGAAAAAUAUCAUCGCUAGGUAAUGCGAGUGAACUAAAUAAUUUCAGUGCACAGUAAAGCAAUAGUUGAAUAUUUGAAGUCCCAUACUCCCAAACAAGGUUAGCAUUAGAUUGGUAUAAUUAAUGUGCAAUUAUUUGGUGUUCUAUGAAUACAGAGCAUUGCAAUGAAUUAAAAGUUAUGUCAGUUCAAUAAAAUUAUCCAGAUAAUGCAACUUAAAAAAUGGCAAUGUAAUUGCUUUCAGUCCAGUUUUGACAACCAAUUUGUAUUAUUGAAAGUAGAUGAAACAAUUCUCCAUGGAACCAACUUUGAAAUGUUUUAAAAUAUGCAAUACUUGCCAUUAUAAAAACUUAAUGUAGUCUAUAUUAUUUUUUUAAUUCGGUUGGAAGAAUCUGGCAAAAUAAGUUUCAGUCCUAUAUAAUUGCUUGCUGUUUAAACUUAAUUGUCCAUGUAAAUGGCCACAUUUUUUUCUAGAAUAAGCAAGGGAAAUAAAGUCCAAUUUGUAAAUAAGUUUGGAUUUGGCCCCAGGUGCUUUCAUGUUUUUUUUUUUCCCCUAAAGAAAAUUGAAAGGCUGUUCAUGCAUUAGUUUCUGUGAAAAUGACAAAAUUUUUGCUCUGAAAAUCCUGAAAGGGAAUCCAGGCAGGGGAAAUCAGUCUGAUCACUGCCUAGAAUAUUUGAUGUUUGGCUGAAAUGGAAAAGCGAGUGUCGAUGUUGAAUAUCUGCAGCAAAUAAAGACAUGGAACAGGAAAGGUGGUUUCUUCAUAUACAAUGUUUGUAAGUGAGAAAUGCAUAUAAUUCUGAUUCUCGCUGUAGUAAAACAGGUAGUCACUGCACUUCAGUCAUUCCCUCCUAUCGACUUCAUGUCAAACCCAAUGCAGCAAAUGACAACGUGGGUGUAAUUAAUUAUCUUGCUGUAACAGAUAUUAAAACUAUAUUUGGAAUUUAAAGCAGUGAUUAAGUUGUACAUUGUGAUUAAUGUAAGGCAAUAAUUGAAGUUGUAUUUUUUCCAGUUCACUGUUCAGGAAAUGAUUUAUUGUGUGCACAGAGUGGUUGUUUUUUAAAUUUAGUCAUUGUUCAAAAUUGUAUAAAAUAUAAACUAAUAAAAUUGUAAUGGUGUUU